UACAAAAACUGAUAUCGAAAAAAUGGAUUGAUUCGCAUACUUCGUUUAGGAGCAAAAGCGUUGAAAGAAAAUUAUAUAUUCCGUUGCUGAUAAUAAGUUAUUAAAUGGCCGAAGAGACACUGUUAUGGCUGAGCCGCGAGUUUUUGGAAAAUAUGUUGCGGAAGGCGAAAAAUGACAAUUCGAUCCGUGUGAUCGAUAUAUUUUCAAAACCGGCGACGGCUAAGGGGGACAACUAUAGUAGCGAUAUGUACAGAGUUUCAGUUGAAUUUGCGUCGAAACAAGAUGACCGAGAAGUUAUGAACAAAAUAUCCUUCAUCGUUAAAGUCGCACCAUCGGCAGAUACUGUACAAAGAAAAAUGGUCGAGCAAUCAAAGAUCUUCGAAACGGAAAUAUCGAUGAUGGAGAACCUGUUGAAGAAAAUGAACGAUCUAGUUGGACCAGCUCAUAUUCUCGGUGCACAGAUCUUCUACAGUAAGAAAGACUAUCCAGGGUUUCUAGUGAUAGAGGAUCUAGCUCCACUUGGAUUUCGCAUGGCUAACCGUCAAGCUAGUCUUGAUCUUCCUCACUCCUUGUGUGCGAUGCGAGGAUUGGCUAGAUUUCAUGCGAGUAGUUUGGCCAUAUGCGAAAAGGAACCCUAUCACAAAACGCUUUACACCAAAGGAAUAUACUACGGUGAACAAACUUCCGAAUUAACAAUGUUCUUCGUUUUAGGAACAAAAUCGUUAGCCGAACAAGUAAAAAAAUGGCCAAAUUUUGAGAAGUGGAUUUCCAAAUGUGUGUUUAUGGAUCCCCGGCGUUUGAUUUGCAGUACUUUCUUAGCACCAGUACGAAUAACGAGGUGUACGAUAAUUACCAGGACAGGCUAAUAGAUGAAUACUAUAAUACAUUGUGUAACACGAUGAAACAAUUGGACUGCAAAACUCUUCCACCGAGCAUAAAAGAGCUUCGAAAGUCUAUCAAGGAACGCGAGAUAAUAGCGAUGAUAAGUUCUUUUACGGUACUUCCAUAUGUUAUCGUAGAUAAAAAUGAAGCAAAGGAUCUCAACGAGAUCUUUACCAAGGAUGGCGGUUAUGAUGGUUUCGCUCAUAAAAAUGACCUUUAUCGUAAAAUAAUAAGCAAGAGGAUUCCUUAUUACGAUCAAUUAGGAUUACUGGAUCUGUAAUAAAUAAUCAAUAGUAGAAUAUUUUAUGUAAAUAAAUACAGAGAUAUAUUUCUUUA